UCUUCAUACUCUCUAGUCUCUACAACCCCUCUGAACACUCGUUCCUCUUCUGCAAGUGUCAUCUUAACUGCAAUUGUUUGAAAAUGUCUCUCUUUCUCAAUAAUUUUCUCUUCAUGUUGAUGCUCUUUCUCUUUAUUUCUUGGAUGAUCAGAAAUGAAGUGACGAAGAAGCUCCAUCUGUCAACAUGGCCUUACGACGAUGCCACCGUCUCAAUUUCAGGCAAUAAGAUCGGUGCCCCUAAGAAGCAAAAAUCCUCAAGCACGGUGAAUGUGUACGCAAAAGGUUCCUCAAAUAUUUCGAUUUCGGUUUCAAACGAUGAUAUGUUAAUGUUCUUGUCAAUCGAAGACGACGAGAACCAGAAUGAGCAAUCUCGCGGGUCUCUGGAGUACGAUUUCUAUAGAGAUUCGUGUCCGCAGGGAGAGAAGAUCAUCCGCGACACAGUCCGUCAACUGUAUAAGACUGGGCCGGAACUGGCUCCAGCUCUCCUGCGACUUGUGUUCCAUGACUGCUUCAUUGAGGGAUGUGAUGGGUCUGUUCUUUUGGAUCCUGCUGAAGGAGUUGACGCAGAGAAAGAGUCUCCUCCCAAUGAAACUUUAAAGGGUUUCGAUAUAAUUGACUUGAUCAAAUCAGAGGUUGAAGAAGUAUGCCCUGGAGUUGUCUCCUGUUCUGAUGUUCUUGUUUUGGCUGCAAGAGAAGCUGUUAUUCUGGCUGGUGGACCAUUCUAUCCAUUGUACACUGGGAGGAGAGACAGUAAUACUUCGUACAGGGAUAUUGCAACCUAUGAGCUACCUUCACCCCAUGCUGAUCUAUCAGAAACUCUUGCAUCUUUCGCAUCAAGGGGAUUCAAUGAAAGAGAAACAGUCACUCUGCUAGGUGCUCACAGCGUUGGAGUGGUCCACUGCCAGUUUUUUGAAAAUCGUCUCUACAACUUUGGUGGAACCAAUGAGCCUGACCCAUCCCUAAAUCCUAAACUGCUUGAUGAAAUGAGAUCGAGGUGCAAGAGAAGUCAUACACCGACAUCAUCAGCACCAUUGUGUUGCUUUGAUGGUUCACCCUCUUCAUCAGCGCUGGCACCUACUUUUGAUGGCUCACCAUCACCAACAUCAUCAGCAACAAAAGCGGUAUUACCUACUUUUGAAGACUCAUCAUCCUCCUUAUCUGAGGUGCCAGGAAUGGACAUGGCAUAUGAAGGACCAGGAUCAGAUUUUGGCACACCCUACUAUCACAGUCUCUUGCAAGGUAAAGGGAUUCUUUUUGCGGAUCAGCAGCUGACAGCUGGGGAAGAGACUGGGAUCUGGGUCAGAGCCUAUGCUUCAGAUACCUUGUUGUUCCGCCGAGAUUUUGCCCUGGCAAUGAUGAAGCUCUCAAAUCUUCAAGUUUUGACAGCGCCCAUGGGUCAGGUUCGGCGAAGUUGUUCAAAAGUGGCAUGAUGAUUAACACGGACAGGGGAAGGGAAGGGUACAUAAUGUUACUUGUUCAGCUGACAUACCGAGAACCAAAUUUUGUGAAUUACCUUCUCACAUCUGAGAGCUCAUACCUGUUAGGAAGUUGAGUUGUUUUCUGUACUUACCGCGUAGUUAUUUUCUGAUCAUAUAUUUGUAAAUUCAAUUGUCAGAAAGAAUUUUGUAGUGGAAUAUUUUUAGCUGAUCAAAUGUGCAAUGCAGGGUAUGAACA